UAAAUGGUACUUUAUGUUUCUUAGACAUUAGAUACGUCUAAGAAACAUAUAUUAGGCUAAACAUGUGCUGCCUGGGUUAUUUCGAAUGCACCUUUUGUGAUAUUUGUUGUUAACGUUACGAUUAAAUUUGAGAGUCUAUAAUGUAAUAAUGUAAAAUUUGUAAAAUAGAAAAUCGAAUUACGUGAACGGAAAAAAGAACCUCUGUAUAAAAUUCAUCUGAUCUGAAAGCGUCCAAUUACAUACGAAGCUCAUUCAAGAACAAGGUAGUCAAGAUGGCGCAGCCAAUCAGAGCCCCAUUUCUCCGCUUCCAUUUUGCCUGCUCGGACAGCCAUCUUGCCGCUUAUCGAUGCUCCAUCUAAUCACUCGUUGGUCUAUGAUGAGCAUCGCCUUGCGCAAUUCGAGAUCUAUUCGAGAUCAGUCGGAGUCGAUAGUGCGACGCGGGGGGUUGUCGCGCUCUCGUGCGUGUAUACGUGUUCCUUCAAGUGUGUGGGUGUGUGUGUACGUGUGUGGUAGUGCGAGCGAGUAGUGCACCGCCGCCGUUGAUCGCGCGUUCCUGGUGCAAGCGCAGCAAGCUUCGCUUUACUUGCCGUUGGUCGCAGGCACCGAUGCGCGGUGCGGAACGUUAAAUGUGCGUGCAGGAUGUCGAAUCCGAGCGGUAGCAGGAGGAACGGGGCCAUGAAGAUUCGUCUAACAAUUUUAUGUGCCCGCAAUCUUGCUAGGAAGGAUUUAUUUCGCUUACCAGAUCCUUUCGCUAAGAUAACUGUUGAUGGUUCUGGACAGUGUCAUAGUACAGACACUUGUAAAGCUACCCUUGAUCCCAAGUGGAAUCAGCACUAUGAUCUAUAUAUUGGAAAGAACGAUGGAAUCACUAUAUCUGUGUGGAAUUAUCGGAAGAUUCAUAAAAAGCAAGGCGGUGGCUUUCUGGGAUGUGUACGCAUAUUAUCGAACACCAUCCAAAGACUUAAAGAUACAGGAUAUCAACGGUUGGAUCUGUGCAAAGCUCACUCCGAUGACACAGAUGUCGUUAAGGGACAGAUUGUAGUAUCCCUGAUGUCACGGGACGGCCACAAUGGUGCCGUGAGUAACACAGUCGGGCAUAACGCCGUGGUCGACGUGCUUGGAGAUUUAAGUUGCCCGAAUGACUUGCCGGACGGUUGGGAAGAACGUAGAACGCAUAGCGGUCGACUUUACUACGUAAAUCAUCACACGAAGAGCACGCAGUGGAUCCGUCCAAAUGCUCGGCCUAGCAAUGCGAUUAUAUCGACAACACCGGAACCACCGGCGUUGCCGUCGUCGGAACCGACGUCACCCAGUAGUAGCGCGAGCUCGCCGAACGUGAGGAACGAAGAGAGUCCGGCGAGGCACGCGUCACCCGAGUGGAAUGACGGGACGCCCAGUCAAACUCCCAGUCGAGAUAGUUCCGCGCAAAACACUCCGCGUAAUACACCGACGCAGCAGCAGCAGCAGCAAAAUCGCAAUAAUCAGCAACAGAACCAGCACAACGUGAGAAACGUGACGACGCCGGCAUCGUCCGCGAGAGAGCGUCGCAUCGUUCGAACUACCGAUGAACAGAAUGGUAAUCAAAGCAUGAACGGAAGGGCGGAGCGUGGUGUUAACGGCGGGGGCCAGGCGCGACGGCUUAAUCGCAGCAACAGAAAUAGAAAUAGCGUUAUGUCGAGCGGUGACCGGCGAACCGAUCCUCCGCAACCACCGGAUCUACCGCGCGGCUACGAAAUGAGGAAAACGCAGCAGGGCCAGGUGUACUUUUAUCACGUACCAACUGGAUCCUCUACCUGGCACGAUCCGAGGAUACCGCGUGAUUUGCAAGCCAACGAGUUGGCGAAUGAGCUCGGUCCCCUUCCCAGCGGAUGGGAAAUGAGACAGACGCACAGCGGACGGGUGUACUUCGUGGAUCACAACAACAGGACAACGCAAUUUACCGAUCCUCGGCUGUCCAGCCAAAUUAUCAGCAAUCUGUUGAAUAGGAGACAAAAUAAUAAUACGAGCAAUCACGCUCCGACUAAUGUAAACAAUUCUGUGACGAGCGAAACUGCCGAGACGGAUACCACGAGUUCGCCGAUGGUUCCGUCCAACACACCACAGCAGCCAACGAGAAAUGAAAAUGGAAGCAACAACAAUUCUCCGACGAUGGAAAGCGCGCUAACCCAAAAUGCUCAAACCGUGUCAGAAUUACCGAAGGAGCUUAUGGACAAUGAGCUUCUCCCAAAGUAUAAACGUGAUUUAGUAGCAAAAUUGAAGUGUCUUCGAGCAGAACUGAAUGCCCUUCAGCCUCAAAGCGGUCACUGUAGAUUGGAGGUGUCGAGGAACGAGAUAUUCGAGGAGUCAUACAGACUGAUAAUGAAAAUGCGUCCGAAAGAUAUGCGCAAGAGACUCAUGGUCAAAUUCCGCGGCGAGGAGGGGCUCGACUAUGGCGGCGUAGCGCGCGAAUGGCUGUAUCUGUUGUCCCAUGAGAUGCUGAAUCCGCAAUAUGGGCUCUUUCAGUAUUCGAGGGACGAUAAUUAUACACUUCAAAUUAAUCCGGAUUCGGGGAUAAAUCCCGAACACUUGUCGUACUUUCAUUUCGCCGGGAGGAUCAUCGGCAUCGCCGUUUUCCACGGCCAUCACAUCGACGGUGGUUUCACGACACCGUUCUACAAAAUGUUGCUUAACAAAGCUAUAACAUUGAGCGAUAUAGAGGGGGUCGAUCCAGAAUUACAUAGGAGUCUUACAUGGAUGCUAGAAAACAGUAUAGACGGCGUACUGGACGCUACGUUCUCCGUGGAGCACAGCAGUUUCGGCGUGUUGAAGAAUCACGAGUUGAAGCCGGGCGGUAAAGAUAUACCAGUGACGGAAGAAAACAAGAGAGAAUACGUCCGUCUAUACGUGAACUAUCGAUUCAUGCGCGGUAUCGAGCAGCAGUUCUUGGCGUUGCAGAAAGGAUUUCACGAGUUGAUUCCUCCCCUGUUACUGAGACCCUUCGAUGAGCGCGAACUCGAGUUAGUCAUUGGGGGUUUGGGCACGAUCGACAUAAACGAUUGGAAGAUGCACACACGGCUGAAGCAUUGCACGCCCGAUACACCGGUCGUGCAAUGGUUCUGGCAGAUAGUCGAAUCGUACGGUGAAGAAAUGAGGGCGAGAUUGCUUCAGUUCGUCACCGGCAGCUCCAGAGUGCCGUUGCAAGGAUUCAAAGCUUUGCAAGGAUCAACGGGAGCAGCGGGUCCGCGGCUUUUCACAAUCCACGCAGUUGACGCCCCGAGUGAAAAUCUACCAAAAGCGCAUACUUGUUUCAAUAGGAUAGACAUACCACAGAAUUAUCCGACCUAUCAGAAGAUGCUCGAUAAGCUUACGCAGGCGGUUGAGGAAACCUGUGGCUUUGCUGUUGAAUAAUAACGGUAAGCUCUUGCAGCUUCGGCAUUGAUCGUUAAUGUAUUAGUACGUGUCUCCGAAUAAUUAUAAAUCCCCGCGAUAAAUAUUCGACAGAGUUCACUAGAAAGAGAGAGAGAAUCGUUUAUUCUUCAUAUUUGAAACACCAAGAAGUUGUAAUCGAGAAGUUAUAAUUAAGAAGAAAUUAUGAAGAAGAAAAUCCGGUGAGGUAGUUGCUUAUAGAAAGGAAAUAUUGAUACCUAAGCUGAAUGAUGAAAUCACGAAUGAUUUCGGUACAAAUGUCUACAUGGCCUUGCAGUUAUAGAUUGGCGAUUGAUAAGAUUUGCAUAUCCGACGACGUAUGUUCUCUUCUCGACGCGAGCUAGAACGAGAAUUUUUAGAAAAUUGAUACGUCAGUCUUCAAGUUUCUAUUACUUGGUUGAAUGAUACCAGUAGCGAGAAUCAUUUCUCAUGGGUAUGUUUUAAUCGAUAUUAUUAUAUCCAUUUACAUUUUUUUAAUCUACUUGAUUCGUUACAUUCUAUUUUGAAUUAUGCCUAGCACGAUUUUUACCGGUUCACAAUUUUCAACUAAAAUUUUUUUUUUUCUUUAAUUAGAUAUUUUCGAUCAACUUAUUAUAUUUACUUGUAUUUACGUAUCUACUUAUAUUUAUAUCUAUUUACAUUUACAUUUACUUGCAUUCAUCAUGAAUUUUGACUUAUAUUUUUUUGUCAACUGAAAUUAAUUUCGCUACUUUUAUUAAGUUCACGAAGGCUAGUUUUAUUAUACACGAAUUACGAUAUAUAAGAUCAAGCAUGCACAAACAUUUAGGGAAGAUGAAAUCUUCCCACAGUUACAAUUAAUAUUAUUAUUAUUAUAUGAUGUUUAUACUGUACAGAUUUUUUAUUGACAAGUAUCAACGUGUCAAGAAUCUCGAGAUUACGAAUGUAGCAAUAGAUGACAUAGGAAAUAUUCACACAGCUAGUAAUGCGAUUCAAGUUGCGAUUCUGGAAGUUCUUAUAUAAGUAGUUGAAGCUUAUAAGUGAGCAACUUAGAAUCAAGGAGGAAGAAAGUAAGGCUUUUUGCGUUUAACGCGUCGGUAUUUAUUAUACGAUUGGCAUUAGCUUUUUCUCUUUCUUCUUCUCUUUGAAAGCCUUUAACUUCUCACUUUCGACUAUAACAAACCACACACGGAGUCAAUUAAUUCCAUAUCAGUUAUUUAUAAAGCAAUAGGACUUAGCGUCGGAGUCUUAGUAGCGAGAAAAGUACAUAUACGUAUGUAAUUCGCGUUCCAAUAGGGACAGACAUCAGCUAGACGCGCAAUACUGAGAAUCUAGUAUUUUGAAAUGUAUUAUUGGGCCUUGGUGUCUUAGGUAAUAAAUAGAGAGUUUGUACAUAUACAUAUAAUUCUGAACGCAAGUGUUAUAAGUGAUAUAGAUAUCAUUUCGAUAAAAAUUGUGAUAUAAUUUGUACAGAGUAUAAAAAUGAUGAUACUGAUGUGUUCUCUCUGGCAUUAUAUUAUUAAAUCUUUCAUUCGGUGCAAUAGAUAGAUGUAACGACACAUGAAAGAUACAAUCUUUCAGCUCUUGACGGCAUUAUUAAUAUUAUUUAGAGACAUGACAAACUUCGGAAAUCAAUCGCGUUUCUAUUUUUCUGAUAUUGUAACACUUUCGUUCAGAGCUUUCGUAAGCAGCUGGCGAACUUGGUUAUUGCUACGCACGCAACUCACGUGGCAAAAAGAUCAUUGUUGCUUGUUAGAAGUCAUUACCGAGUAUACAUUACUACACCGAGUGCGUUAAAAUAAUGAUGUAAAUAAUUUAUUAUAGAUUAACAUAAUAGUAAUGUAAUAGUAUUUUACACGCGGAUCGGAUGCGAUCCGGUCUGAUUUUAGCAUUGGCAAUUAAAGUCGUCUACAUUUAAGCUUUAAUUUAAAGCGUACAUUUCUUAAGGAAAGAGUUCAUUCGACGGGUUUACGUAAGCUUAAAACAUUUCGAUCGAACUGGCCUUUCUUUGUUUGAUUGAGAACUUCAUGAGACAUGUCUACACCUUGCUAGAUUACUUUUAGUGAGAUGUAGCGCUACGCCUUAUUUAUCGCACGAAAUCUUCGUUUAGUUCACCAGCACGUGAUGCUGUCGCAAAAAUGUUCGACGCGUAAUUACCGCAUAGUUAUGCGAAUGUCGUGUACAAUGCAUGACGGCACAGUUCAUUGUCUUGUAUGUAUAACUAUCAUCGUAUUAUUAUGUUUGAAUUAUUAUAUGCGCACGCAACUGUGAUGAAACAUAUCGUAGGCGAGAAGGAGCACCCGAAAAGUUCUCGCUUCUCGAGAAUUAAUGCGUAAUUCUACGUUCACUUUUGUACGCACGAUGUUAUCGAGAUCGAUAUAUACACACAUGUCCAUUUCGUUGACUCUCCUUCGGAAUAAAAUGUUCCCGUACUUCGGUCGAGCCGCGUGAAAGUAUCACCCGUUUUCAGUGUCUGAAACACGGCCUGAAUACUGAAGUGCUGUCGUACCGGGAAACAUAGCUAUUACGACUCAAAUAGGAAUAAUGGAUACAGCUCUUAGCGCUAGCUAACGUGUAUCGUGUAAAUAGACACCUCUAGCGGUACCUAUAUCUGUUGCCUUAAUUUCAAAUGUACACGAACUCUCGUAUCUCGUAGUCUGCUUCUCGGUAUCGGAUGCAGCCAGUAACGCCUCAAUAUUCCUGAAUAUGAUAUGUUAAAAAGUGAAUUCACUAAUUUUCUAUGAGAUAUAUAUUAUAUACAUUCGCCAAAUACGAAGUAAUUAAGGAGAAGUGCUAUUUUCAGUAUGUAUAAAUUGUUUAUCGACGACAAGUCUAAGAUCUAAGACGAGAUUAUCGGAUGUUUGAGGAAGUUAACAAAGCUGCGAGAGGGAUUUAGUGAGAUUUAUAUACGAAUCAAUGAAUACAUGUAUCGAAAAUAAUGGAUUUUCAUUUCAAAGAUAUUUGAAAUAUUCUUUUCACAUCGAAGAAGUUUAAUCAUUGUUUUAAACAAAGACGGUUGAGCAAAAGAUUAAUAGCUUUUAAUCAUAUUAGUAGAGAAGAGAGCCUCAUGAUCUUUCCAUUUGUUUUUUUAUAAUAAUCUUGUCGGUAUAGCGCAAUAAAGGCCUUAAACGUGCCUUGUUGUUGGCGUUGAUGAUAAACCAUAAAAAUUAUAUUCACCAUAUUUUGAGACGAGAUGUAAAUUUCAUCUUUCUGUCAAAACUAUUUCUAAAAAGACAUACAUAUGCAUGUUGCAAUUAUCAAUUUAUAAUACACGGUGACUACAUUAAUGAUUAAAAGAAUAGCAAAAUAAAAUAAUAGGAUUACAAUUCAAGUGAAAAGUAGCCAAAGAAGUAUCUUGAAGAAUUAAAUUUCUUUUACGGUAAAAGAAAUCCUUUAACUUAUAUGUAAUUAUGUGUUCUCAAACAAUUAGAAUGUUAUGUACAAUUUGCAACUAUCCAAUAUGUCAAUACCUUUUUUUUAAUGUGAAUGAUGUGUUAUAUACAUUGAUUGUGUUAACAUCGAAAGUUAUAUGCAUACAUUUAUCAGAACGUUGUAUAUACGUACUUUAUGAGAAUUAUAUUAAUUUUAACACAAGUGAUGUACAAAAAGUCAUAUCUAAACAAAAUAAUUAUAAAAUAAAUGUUAUAAUUAUUUCGAAAAAGUUUUGAAGUGAUGUUUGGAUUAUAAAGAUAAUAUUCAAAAAUGUAUAAAGAAGAUUAUAUAUAUCUGAUUAUCUGAAUUUUUGAUAUUAAUUAAUGAUUAAAGAACAACGUUAAUCAAUUAAUGAUUAAAGAACAAAGCGAGUGACAAACUAGUUGGUCUGUUAUUCAUGAAAUGUAUACCGAGAGAAAAAAAGGAUUAUGAAUACUGAGAGAAAGAAAGGAGAGAGACAAUAUUUAGCGAGAAACAAAACUCACGUAAAAUACGUACAAAUGAAUAUAUUGCGUAUUACACGAUGCACAGAAUAAUCUUGCUUGGAAGAGUUAUCAAGUAUCGCAAGGAAGUUUGUGGACCGAAAGGGAUGCGCGAACUUCAACACAUUUGCAAUUAGAAUCUGCAGUUUGUCUUGUUCGAAAUAUCAGGUGAUUGCAGUCGCCUUUUAACCCUUUAUCGGUCCAUUCAGCUAUUUCUGAAGGGUUUUUAGACUUUUCAGAAUCGGCGAGAGGAAGACCCGUGCGCGCAGUACAGAUGCCUCUAUUUAUAAAAUUGAUGUAGUUUUAUCGAGUUGUAAAUACAUUUGUCGAAAUCUUGCAAGUAAUGUAACAACGAGAGAUAUCGGUAAAGGGUUAAAUAUUAUGAGAAAUAAAGAAAUAAUAAAUAACAUCGCAGUAAGUUAUAGAUACCGCCUUUUUCUCCAGUGUCGGUCAGUCGACGUUAUAUAAAAUAAUUUUCUUAGGCGUUAAAGAAACGUUUACUAGAAUUUUUUACUAGUUUCAUCUUAAGAACAAGUAAUAAUGUUUAAAUGGAAGUUGCGAAAAUAUUUAUUCUACCAGUGGCAGAGACCCGUUCAUGAAUUUAGGCUUUAGCUUGUUUCGUUAAAAAUUCGCAGAUCGAAAAUUGUAAAUUGAUAUGUGGAUAACUAAUGUAAAUUGUUUUUUGUAUAAUUGAAUCGCAAGCGAUCGCUUUCCCUUCGUGUUUCUAGUUGCGAGAUUAUGUGUACUAUUAUUACUGCGGAUGUGUUAUUAUUAUUAUUAUUAUUGCUAACAUUGCGUCUCUGUUACUGUCCUAAUUAAUUACACAAGUCCUUCAAGAAACAAGUGUAUAUACAACUUUUCCUUUUGUAUUUUGGACGAAAUGUAUAUUUUAAUAAAAUAUCCAAAGUAUGGAAUACA